CUCAUUCUGACUCAGCAUGGCAACAGCACGGCAACAUGGCUCACCGUCGCUUUGAGGGCAAAGAGCACGCAGCCUCCUACCUGAGGUACAGGGUGUCCCCCCCACAGGAACUGAUCGCAGAGAUACUGGCAUUUCUGGAGAAUAUGAAAGGAAGGCCGUUUGACCUUGCCGUGGACGUAGGCUGUGGCUCAGGACAGGGGACACUCCUACUGGCCCCUCACUUUACCCAGGUGAUCGGGACAGACAUCAGCCCCGCCCAGCUGGAGGUGGCUCUGGCCAAUAGCAGUGCCCCAAAUAUCUUGUACAGGCAGUGUCCUGCCGAGGAGUUACCGUUCGCUGACGGCGAGGCAGACUUGGUGACGGCCAUGACCGCGGCACACUGGUUCCACCGUCCACGGUUCCUCCAGGAGGCAGACAGGCUGCUGAAGCCCAGAGGGUGUCUGGCCCUGAUCAGUUAUACCCUGGACAUGGACCUGGAGUACGGACAACACUCCCACACUCUGACUGACAUCUGUCAUCAGUUCUACAAGAACCUGCUGCCAUUUCGCAGUGCCCACAUAGGUACUACCACGGUCCCUCUCUACAAACAGAUGUAUGACUCAUGUCCGUACCCAGACAAAGAGUGGUGA